UUCUCGUUGUCCGGAAACGUAAACUUGACAUUUGUCUUUCUGUGAGGAAGUCAUCUCUCAACAAACAUCUGUCGCUUUGGUUCAGUUUGUCUUUCAAACACGCGUUACAACACAAAGCUACCCUCAACAUGGCGGAGGACAACAUCUUCUACUUCGUUCCCAAUCUGAUCGGUUACGCCCGUAUCCUGUUGGCCCUCCUCUCCUUCGCUCUGAUGCCCUGCUGUCCAUGGACCGCCGUCUUCUGCUACCUGCUCAGCGGUCUGCUGGACGCCUUCGACGGCCACGCUGCUCGGGCGCUCAAUCAGUCCACUAAGUUCGGGGCGAUGAUGGACAUGCUGACGGACCGCUGUGCCACCAUGUGUCUGCUGGUCAACCUGUCUCUGCUCUACCCGUCAUACACCUUCCUGUUCCAGCUCAGCAUGUGUGUGGACAUUGCCAGCCACUGGCUGCACCUGCACAGCUCAACAAUGACUGGAUCUGCCAGCCACAAGAGCAUCGACCUCUCCGGUAACCCUGUCCUCCGAAUCUACUACACUUCCAAGCCGGUGCUGUUCGUGAUGUGUGCCGGUAACGAGCUCUUCUUCUGCCUCCUCUUCAUCCUCCAUCACAUCCAAGAACCUGCAGCUUGGCUCUACUGGCUGCAGGGACUCUGUGGGACGAUCUGUCUGCUAAAGACGGCCAUCAGUCUGGUUCACCUGGUCACCGCCUCCAAGAACAUGGCCGCCAUGGACGCCGCCGAGAGAGAGAAGAACACCAAGACGCAGUGAGAGAGAGAUGGGGGGGGGGGGGGGUGAGAGAUGGAGGAGUGAAUGAAAGCUUCAGCAGAAAACCCACCAUGUUUUAAUUUAUUUUUCGUUGUCUGAAGGGUCGACUUGUGAACUUAAACAGGACAAGAAACAAAACGACUUCAGAGUUUUAUGACCAAAUAUCUCAACAUCAGAAGAAACAUCUAGUGGAUUAAUAUUAUUAUUAUACUUUACAAACCAAACACAAUCAAAAGUGUCAAACACGGAGAUUUAUAUAUCAAGAUAUGAACUUACAUCUUCACCUUUAAUAAACAUAACAACUCUUAAACAACUUGAUGAUACAAACCUGUUGUUUCCAUGAUGUCUUUGAACGCCUCAGCAGAUCUGUUAGCAUUUUGCAUUUUCAUCCUUUUUAAAUUCUAAAAACCAAGAAGUUGUUUAAUAUGAACUCAAUCCACAGUGACGGUCAGGAAAGAGACAAUCAGACUAACACGACUAUCAAAUGUAUUUAAGUUUGUUAAAUUAAACAAAUCGUGAGAUCAAACUAUUAAUGAUUAUUUGGAAUAUUUAAAACCUGAACAACCAGUAUGACAGAAACUACUUUAAAAAAAAACAUUUAUCUUUUAUUAUUUUCUGAGGUUUUAUGGACUAAAUGAUUAAACGAUUCAUCAAAAAAAGGCUUUAAGGCCACUAGUUUGACGGUUAAACAUUUAAUAAAGAAGAAGAAAAUGGCAGCUGUAAAAUUAACCUUAAUUCUUCAUUUAUUUUGUUUUUAUUACUGUUUUUUUUUAAUGUAUUUAUGAGGAUGAAAUGAUGUCCCUGAAAUGUAAAACAGACCAAACUGAAGGUUUCGUUCACUUGAUCCAGACAACGUCCAGUUGUUGUUAAAGAGGAAACUUUUAAAACAAACCCGUAUUAAUUUCUGGAGAUUCUUGAUAAUUUAUUGCUGUGGAUUAAUCGGUGAUGGUCGCACUAGAGAGACGUUUGUGCUUAUUUGACAUUUAUAAUGUUAGUUAUUUUAAUGUGGUAGAAGAGACGUGUUUCCUUUUGACUUAGAAUCAGAAAAGAGCACCAAGUAUUACGCUUUGUACAUUUUCACGUCACUGACCGUGUGUGUGUUUUAAUGCAGAACGUGUUUAAAAGAUUUGGAAUAUAAAUGUGUUUUUCGAUGGAACUCAUUUCCCAGAAUGUAUUAUAAUAAUAUAGUAAAAAUAGAAAUGUAUAUCAAGCGAGUGCAGCAAAGCCAAGUUUAUUAUUAUAUUACAAGAUUUAAAAGAUAUCAAGUGAGGUUAUUAAGAUAAUGAUGGUUAUCUGGUUUGGAGUGCAGGUGGUUUGAGUUUUACUGUGAAAAUAAAGACCAUGAAUACCUGACUUAUUUU